CUUCUGCUUCCUGCCUGCCUGCCUGCCUCGCUCGCUUGCUCCGUGGCUGAGAGAGAGAGAGAGACAUCGAGAGAAAAUCCCUGUCUAGGCAUGGACCUCCGGCUGCAACACUCAGCAGCUCGCGAGGAAUGACAACAGUUCACAUGGUCAUUAACUCCAGUCGCAGAGGCUGAAGGGAAAGCUGCACUGUAGCUCAGUGUCACUGAAGCACCGGGUGCCUCCUGCGUUCGGGACAGCAGACAGACAGAGGCACACAGCAGAGCUACGGGACCCAGUGAAACGAGAUCACUGACAGACAGUGCCUUGUGAGACAACAUCCUUACUUGAAGAUCCCUGGGGGUUUCUGAAGCGCUCCAGAUUUUCUUCCUUCUGCAGUGGUGAUAGGACCCAAACACCCUUGACCUGCUCAUUUGUCCUUACCUGUGCUCAGUGUGAAGAAAUCCUAAGUGAAGCGGUGGAGCUACUGUACUGCUGGCCAAGGUGCCAAAGCUCAGAGAGCGUAGGUACUCAAGACUUUAAUAGUAAGCCACAAACUUUGCGUUCCAAACUGUCCAUUGCAUCUCAAAAUAGCAUCACUUUUACUCCCCAGCAUCCACCCUUGUACAGAUAUCAUCACUCAUACAAAGGUCACAUUUGGGGACAUUGGUCCAACCCGUAGAGCGUGUCUCUGAGCAUGCCCCCUUGGCCUUGUCAGAGGUCUGCACCUGAGACUUACUGAUUGAUGAACAAUUAGCUGUGUCACUGACAAACUCCACAACAGCAGUGCAGUCCCAUGCUCCGGUCACAGAGACUUUGCCAGUCCAUUGCCUCCACUUCCCUGUCCGCAAGGACAAACCUCAUCCACUGACCUGAAGCAGAGCAUUUAUAGCUGCAUGUUCCAUCAGUUUUAGUUGUUGUGCGUUUAAUUUUUUUACUUGGAACACUCUGAAACACCUCCUCAGAGGAUUAGCCUCCUCCUAAAACCAGGUGGCUCCACUCCACUCCAGCUCCACAGCCUGUGCUGCUGACAUGGCUCUAAACAUUGCCUCGAUACGGGACACAAAAUGGCUGACCCUGGAAGUGUGCCGGCAGUUUCAGAGAGGGACUUGUUCACGCAGUGAUGAGGAAUGCAAAUUUGCCCACCCACCCAAAAGCUGCCAGGUGGAGAACGGGAGGGUGAUCGCCUGUUUUGACUCGUUAAAGGGCCGUUGCACACGAGAGAACUGCAAAUACCUCCACCCGCCCGCUCACCUGAAGACCCAGCUGGAGAUCAACGGGCGAAAUAACCUGAUCCAGCAGAAGACAGCAGCCGCCAUGUUGGCUCAGCAGAUGCAGUUCAUGAUCCCCGGCACCACCAUGCAACCCAUGCAGUCGUUUCCAGUCAGCCAGGGUCUGGGAUCCAGCGCAGGUUUGAGCUACGCACCCUACCUGACUCCCAUGUCCCACAGUAUGGGCCUGGUGCCCACAGACAUCCUGCCCAACAGCCCCUGUAUGGUCCCCGGCAGCCCGCCUAUCUCCGUGGCGGCGGCUUCCUCCAACCAGAAACUGCUGCGUACCGACAAGCUGGAGGUUUGCCGCGAGUUCCAGCGGGGCAACUGCGCUCGCGGGGAGACCGACUGCCGCUUCGCUCACCCCAGCGACAGCCCCAUGAUCGACACCAGCGACAACACGGUCACCGUCUGCAUGGACUACAUCAAGAGCCGCUGCUCCCGCGAGAAGUGCAAGUACUUCCACCCCCCAGCCCACCUGCAGGCCAAGAUUAAGGCCGCCCAACACCAGGCCAACCAGACAGCUGUGGCUGCACAAGCCGCAGCCACAGCUGCAGCCAUGACUCAGUCGACUGCCAAAGCAAUGAAGCGACCCCUCGAGGCAACUGUAGACCUGGCGUUCCCCCACGGCAUCCUCCAGCCCCUACCAAAGAGACAAGCACUUGAGAAGUGCAACGGCUCCCUGUUCAACCCCAGUGUUUUGCACUACCAGCAGGCGCUGGCCAACGCACAGCUCCAGCAGUCCGCUUUCUUUCCCACAGUCCCCAUGAUGUACAGUGCUGCGCCUGCUACUGUCUCUGCAGCAACAACUCCUGCCACAAGUGUCCCCUACGCAGCAACAGCACCAGCCAAUCAGAUUAUCCUGAAAUAAGUUUCAGGAAGGGAACAGAGUGUCACGAAGCUGCACUAGGAAACCCAAAACAGCUCCUGUGUAAAUACUACCUUACCUCUCCCAUAGAGGUCCAGCAACCUGCAUGCUAAGAGUGUAACACUUCAAUUUAACCGUAAGAACUGCAGUGCCGGUGUAACACACACAUAAAAAAUAAAAUAAAAAAAAAGAUAUAUAUAUAUACUGUAUGUAUUGCUAGAAAAAAAAAAACUAUUAACUUGAAAAAGUCAAAAAUAUUCUUAUGUAUAGCUACAUACAUAGCGGACACACUAUAGAGGUCAUAACAACCGUUCUCCCAAAGUACCGUCGACCCCCUCUCUUUCAUAUUUAUUCUAAAAACCGCUGCACAAUGUUCAUCCCUUUGGUUGGUAAAGAAACCCGCUUGAUUUGCACUAUACGAGACAUAUAGUGCUUAAUGCGUGAGUGGAAAACAGGAAGAGUCACAGAAAACCCGUGCACAACCGCACCAACGCUCUCGGCGCUUUGCGGUCUUUGCUUUCCUCUCCGCAAAGUUGAAUGUCCUCGAGGUGGACAGGCUCACGUUUUGUUCAUGUGACUGUCCCUGCGAGGGUGACCCCCCUCAUCUGCCCCAGAUGCUGUCGAGAUGCCACGAUGAAGCUCAUCCUCCCCCCUGCCAACUUUUCAUCUCCGGAAACAUCUUGCCAAAGUUGAAGAGGUCGGUGGAAUCAACCUGCCAGAAAGCAGAGCCACAUGCUAACACCCCGAUACUUCUUUUUUCUUUCUCUUUUCACCAUUGCGAAAGCUGCUCACGACGCACCCUUUAUUUGUUUCGGUGCUGGGUUCAGUUCUUUGUUCAGGAGGGGCGGUGGGAUAGAUUGUGCACGGAUUUCUGCAUGCAGUCGGGACUGGGGAAGACAGUGCCCAGUGUUGACAGAAGAUAGUCGUGGCCAUUACCGAAAAAAGCCUGAAGGCUUGGGUCUGUGCCAAGGGCUUAACAAAGCUUGAGGGUUCGUUCCAGACAUACCAAGCCUUGUGUGUGUGUGUGUGCAUGUGUGUUCGUAUCUGGAGACGGAUGGUCUGCCGGCAGACUGGGACUUUAAGCGAGGUCUAGCAGGUGAUGGCAACACCGGGCCUGGUUGGAGAGGUUUUUGGGGGGUGGGUGAGGGACUUAAGUGCUAAGACUAAAUAAAAAAAACGGUGCAUUUGACGACGCUCGUCAAGCAAAAAGAUGACUUGAACUACGACUGGAGGGCUAUCUGUGACCGUCGGUUGUCCUGUCCAACCCUACUAUCACCGAUAAUCCUGUUCCAUUUUAGAAAACUGUAGAAGUGCCUAAAAAAUGCUCAUCGACAACACAUUCAUCCAGAGUGAAUCACUAAAAGUCACAGACACGACACGCCGGCUGUCAGAAGCUACAUGGACUUUUUCGGGGAAGACAUCACAUUUCGCGAGCGGUUACUGGGAAACCCGGCAACCGCUCAUUAACAUCACAAGUGACUUUAUCGAGACAAAAGAAGUUAAAGAAACGACAAAUCAAAAAUAGCUUUGUAGAAUGUUUGGUGACUUUCACGGCGUACCAUCGUUUCUUACCAUGGUUUGUGUAGUUUACAUGAGGAACGUGAGUGAGAAAAAAAAUGUUAUUGUAAACUGUGUAAUGUAUGUAAAGUGUCUCUUAUUUUGAGAGUUUAUAUUCAUGGUUCUAGAAAUGUAUUCAAAGUUAUUUAAAAAUUUGUGUUGUGUCUACUAUCAAGGUAUUUUUGAACGCCCCACAAACCCUCCACCAUCUCCACCUCCACCCAGAACAAUCAUUUGUCUUUUAGCCAAGAUUAUUAUUUUCAGACCAACCCUCUCAUUAAUUUUUGCAUAUUUUGAAUAGCGUGUUUUAACUCGUACUAAAUCUUAUUUCCCAUAUUUCAACAAUUCUGAUGUAAUUUCAUGGUGCUCGAGUAACAUUGACAAUCCACAAUCACACCUUUGAACAAGAGUGUCUCACUCUGGUUUCACUUUUGUGGUCUCAUCCACUCUGAUUGUCUCCACGUUCUGAUUUGUAUGUAAUAUUCGUGGAAGGUGGUAAAAGUUUUUAUUUUGUUGUAAUUUAUCUUACGUUACUCUUGGUCAAAUUUUAGUCAAAAACAAUGUUGUUAACUAUUCUAUUUUGAAAUGAAUGUAAUUUAUUGAGCUGUGCUACGUUCUGCACGGUUGGUCAUUUCAAGGUCUGACCUGUGAGGUCGACCAAUGAGAAGUCGCACACACGUCUGAGGGGUGGGGCUUAAAGGUCAACCCACCAAUGGAAAGCUCCUGGAUCUUUCUUGCCUUCUCAUCGAUCAAAAGAUCACGGUGUUGCAGUAAUGAGCAUAGUUAUAGAGUUGCUUGUGUUGUUGGAAAAAAAAUGUUUCUUGUAUAGAUGACAUUUUACCAAAAAAAAAAAGAGAAGAAAAUUUCAAAAAAGAUGUACUUUUCACUCUAGUAUAAUAGUAUUUCAUAACAAUAUUAAGUUGUUGCAAUUACUAAAGUUCGGUAUUUUUGUAAAUGACAUUGUUAAGUUGAUUUUUUGUUUGUUUUUGCUAGAACACUGUACACAAGGUAGAUUGUAAAGAAGAUAUGAACAUUUCUUAUUCUUCACUGAGAUUAUGACCUAAUAUUUUCAUUAGCAAAUAACAGCCUGUAUAGUGCUGUGACUGUAACACUUAAAUAGAUUUAAAGUCAUCAAUGUUACGUAGAUUAUAUAUAAAUAUAUAUAUAUAAGAACUAAAUAAUCUAUAAAUUAAGAUGUACAACUCUUCCCCAGACAAAGGACCUUUAGGUUCCACACUGAGACUUUUUAUUUGAGGCGUAUGUAUCACUAGAGUUAAGGAUUGCACUUUUCAUAUUGUUUAAAGAUGUGAUCUGUUUUUCAUUUCCUUUAAGGGUUGAGACCUUCCUGCACCCUACAGUAAAUCUGUUUAUCAAUCAAAAGCAGACUCCACCGGUAAAUAACUUUAACUCAACAUGUUGCAUGAGGAAACAAUAUUUUCUUUUCUUACUAAACGAUAACGUACUGAAUGUUUCUAGUGGGAAAAAAAAGAAGUCUGUACACAAAAAAGUCCUCAUUUGGUGACCCACAAUGCCCUUGUGUAUGGAGUCCUCUUGAGGUGUAAUGUUUUUUUGUUUUUGUUUUUAAAUGUGUUGGCAAUGAUUGACAGAUGGAAAAAGAAAAAUGUAAGCACUUUCUGAGCAGUUGGUCAACUGAGCAGACUCAGCUUAUCCAAACACUUUGCCUUAUCUUGAGUCCAUCGUGCUUAAGGUUUUAUGUUUUUAAGAGCUCUUAUGAAAUUUAUUAAAGAGACUUGAUCUCUUUUCUCGAAUCCCUUCUCAGUUUAAUUUCAAAUAUGUAUCUUUAUAUCUAAAGUCAUUUUUUAGGGUUUUAAUGUGCGCAUCACAAGGCCAAAAGAGGGGGGGGGGGGCGGGGGCUGCAACAGAGUGAACAGUCAUUGAUCUCUUCUUCUGGCCUCCAAAAAUACGUAGUGAGAUGUUUUUUUGUUCGGAGCUUGUACUUCACAGCUUUAGCCAGCAGAGGGCGCUACACUGGAGACUGCAGGUUUUGAAUUGUGACUGCCUGUGCCAUCCAUGUUGCGGUGUACCCCACCAACAAAGUAAAGACAUAAAGAUAAAUUGACAAGAAGAGACCCUCAUCGGAUUUAUAGUUUCAAUGUAAUCAUUUUUAAAUGUGUUCUUUUUUUUUUCUUUUUUUCUUUUUGCAUAUAUUUUGUGCUAUUUUAUGUUUCUAUAGUCAAAUGUUUCUUUGGUUCCAGCAAGAUAGUGUAAAAUCUAUUGAAAGAAAGAAAUAAAAAAAUCAAAGAAA